AUGGCUGAAGCCUCAAGCUCUGCUGCGCCUACGGGCCCCAGCAAGCCCCCUGUGGCCGAGAAGCCACCUAACCCUGUCUUCAAGAUGAUGGGUCUGCCUAACAUGCGGUUCAAAUUGCCCUCUCGCAAUUGGAUGAUCUUCCUCACAAUUACCGGAUCAUUCGCUGGCGCAAUCAUCUACGACCGCCGAGAGAAACGUCGCGUGCAACAAAAGUGGUCGGAGCUCGUGGCUCACAUUUCGAAGGAAUCCCUGGAAACCACUCAGAUGCGCCGCAAAUUGACAGUCUACCUUGCUUCUCCCCCGGGAGAUGGCUUGCGCAUGGCCCGGGAUCACUUCAAGGAAUACGUCAAGCCGAUCUUGGUCGCCGCGGCACUAGACUACACUGUCAUCGAGGGUCGGCGCGAGGGAGACGUCAGGGCCGGUACCGCGGAGAACAUCCGCAAGCUGCGCCGCAAGGCCGGAGAGCAAUGCUCAACCAUUGAGGAGCCCAGUGUGGAGGCGGUCGUUACUGCCACCCGUGAACAAAUGGGCAUCACCGACGAGCCUGGCCCCAAGGGCGACUUGGUCAUUGGCCGACACACUUGGAAGGAAUACAUCCGUGGUCUGCACGAGGGCUGGCUUGGACCUUUAGAUGCGCCUCCCCCACCUCCCGAAGAACCCGUGGUCGAUGCGCUGGAUGCCCCCGUCGCAGACGAGGCCCUAAUCGCAGGCCAGGCUCCCAUCACAGACCAGACUUCCGAGUCUACAAGCCCAGAGAUCUCGACCAUCGAGUCUCUCGAGUCCUCUCUCAACUCCGACAAGAAAGACGAAACCCCCGACCCCAAGGCCGAAGAGGCCAAAAAGGCCGAGGAAGAAGCCGAGAAAAAGAAGGCCGAGAAGGCCGCCGGUCCUACUCCCGCAUACAUUUCCACUGCCGACUACGCAUCCGCCAGCCUCCCUCCCUCUCUCCCUCAAUCAUUCGACAGCUCCGUCCCAGUCGAAUUCCCUCACAUCCUUGGAUUCCUCAACACCCCCAUCAGAAUGUACCGCUUCCUCACACAGCGCCACCUGGCCGAGAACGUCGGUCGCGAAGUCGCAGCAGUUGUCCUCGCUGCCAACGCGCGCUCAUACCGUGACGACACCUUCAGCACAGAGGCCGAGCCCACCUCUUCCCCAGACGGCUCAUCCUCAGACCUCUCUUCUCACACCCACGAGCAGCAGACUGUACUAGAUACCGCUGAGAAGGAGUGGCACAAGUCUGUGCGGAAGCGCGAAGAAGACGGCAAGGAGCGUGAGUGGCUUGACGACGUUGUUUUGGACCAGCGUAUCGCCUCGCGCAUGCAGCGUGCUCUUCUCUCUCCCGAAGAUGAGGCUCGUUCUCAGCGCAUCGGCGAGCUCCAGGAGUAUAUUCUUGGCGAGGAGCGUCCAGCCCAUGUACCCUUCUGGAAGCGCAUGUGGAUCAACUACGGUUACGGUGAGAGCGAGGAAGCUCUGCGUCGUAAGCCCAUCUUGGGUAACCUUGAUGGAGAGGAUGGACAGUGA